AUGCCCCAUCCUUAUUGCUUCCACUUCAUCGCCCUUCAGCUCCUUCCUAAACCCCACCCAACCAACUCUCAUAUACCCGUGCCUUCCCCAGUCCUCAAUAUGCGGAAAGGCGUCGGGCUCGGAGCCCUUACAAGAAACACUCAGACCUCACAACAAUACGCUUCUCACGGUCAACUGCUUCAAAAAUCUCACAUCGAUGAGCUCACGACACAGCUUUCCGUUUUUCAGGCAUCCCUCGCUCAGUUCUCCCGAACCCACGCAAAAGACAUCCGCUCAAACCCCGCCUUUCGUGCAGAGUUUGCAAGAAUGUGCACGGCAAUCGGCGUUGACCCCCUCGCUAGCUCAUCAAACAGAGGGGGUAGCUUCUGGGCUGAGAUGCUAGGAACUUCGGUCAACGACUUUUAUUUCGAGCUGGCUGUGAGAGUUGUGGAAGUUUGCAGAAGAACAAGGCAGGAAAAUGGAGGACUAAUUGCUAUCGCGGAGGUACGGGAACGGAUCAUGAGGCAGGACGAGAGUAUUGGCGGGAGCAACGAUGUCAGUGAAGAUGAUAUCCUCCGGGCCGUUGAUGCUCUGAGACCGCUUAGCUCAGGCUUUGCUGUAAUCGACCUUGGCCGGCGGCAGAUGAUCAGAUCAGUACCCAAAGAGUUGAACACGGAUCAAUCUACGGUACUCGAAGCCAUUCAGGUACUCGGGUUCAUAACCCACUCGAUGUUGAGAGUUAACCUCGGUUGGGAUGGAGCCCGUGUACAAACUGUUAUAGAUGAUCUGUUAUCAGAUUCUUUGGUCUGGCUCGAUGACCAGGCGGACGAAAAGGAGUAUUGGGCGCCUAGCUUUUUCAAAAAGUCAGGUUAA